GGCAUUUCCGUAAUUCAUCAGAAAACCGAGGGGCAAUUUUAUUGAAAACUCCUCCACUUUAUGUCAUUCCCUUAACGAACGAUGUCGUCUUACUAAACAAAUGCCCCGUUCUCUCUGGUUUCUUAAAAAGUCAUCUCUCUUCUUCAUACACAUCUCUGCAACCUGUUUCUCUCUCUAACCCUAAUUAAAAGCAUUAUUUCUCUUUCUUAACCACCAAAACACUCGUCACGCGCCACGAACUCCACUCACCCCAUUUCACUUUGUGUCUCCUCCCCCCCCCUUUUCGUCUCUAUGGCGUCGGACGCCGUCAAGUAUAUGCCGAUUCACGGCGGAACAACAACCGCCGCCGCAGCAUCCGAAAUCAGAAGCUUCUUCUCCGCCAUGAAACCCAAAAAAACCUCAACUUUCGCUUACGCCUUUGUAAUCACUUUCAUCUCCUUCACUCUAUUCUUUGCCUUUAGUCCUUCUCCAAACUCUUCUUCUCUUUGGUUCUCUAACAUCUUCUCUUCCUCCUCCUCCACAACCUCUUCAUCAGACAACACUUCCGGAUCUCACUUCUCUUCGAUAUUCUCUUAUAUCAUCCCCAAUGUCACUUCAUCGAAACCCACCAAUAGAUCUAGCGACGCCACGUCGAAUAACACCGUUCCCAUCUCUGUAAACACCACUUCACCGUCUCCCACUUCGAAUUCCGGCUCCGAUAUCCCCAAAAACAGUUCUUUGCAAGCUCCGGCGCCGGGAAAUCUCACUCCGGUUGCUAAAAACGCGACCUUUGAAUCCCCGACGGUAAACGGAACCAAGCUGGUUGCUAAAAGCAACGCUUCGCAUCCCCUGCUUCCAGAUAAUCCGCCGAUUGGUUCGAGUAAUCAGUCACAGACCACAGAUGCUGUUCGAAAUUCGGAAUCUCUUAAGAAAAACCAGACAGCAGCUCCGGCGCCGGCGAAAGCACCCGUGUCGGUGGAUCUGACGGCCAAUUCCAGUUCAUCAACAGCUUCUUCACCGGCGAAACAAACUGGAAACGGCGAUUUGGUUUCGUCAGUGAAACAAGAGAUCGAGAAAUGGAGUGAAUCUCUGAAGGAUUGCGAGUUCUUCGACGGAGGAUGGAUUAAGGACGAUUCGUAUCCGCUCUACAAACCCGGUUCGUGUAAGCUGAUCGACGAACAAUUCAAUUGUAUUUCAAACGGAAGACCCGACAAAGAUUUCCAGAAAUUGAAGUGGAAACCUAGGAAAUGUAGUUUACCAAGGUUAAAUGGAGGUGUUUUGCUGGAGAUGCUUAGAGGAAGAAGGCUAGUGUUUGUUGGGGAUUCACUAAAUAGGAACAUGUGGGAAUCUCUGGUUUGCAUUCUUAAAGGAUCAGUGAAAGAUGAGAGCAAAGUCUUUGAGGCCAGUGGAAGACAUCAUUUCCGUGGAGAGGCUGAGUACUCCUUCGUCUUCCAAGAUUACAAUUGCACGGUGGAGUUCUUUGUUUCACCGUUCUUGGUCCAAGAAACGGAAAUUACUGACAAAAAGGGAACGAAGAAGGAGACUCUACGGCUGGAUUUGGUCGGCAAGUCCUCUGAGCAGUACAAAGGAGCGGAUAUUAUUAUCUUUAACACUGGACAUUGGUGGACUCACGAGAAAACAUCCAAAGGGGAGGAUUACUACCAAGAAGGAAGCAAUGUUUAUCACGAACUCGCUGUACUUGAAGCUUUCCGUAAAGCUUUGACCACAUGGGGUCGAUGGGUCGAGAAGAAUGUGAAUCCGGAGAAGACCCUUGUUUUCUUUAGGGGUUACUCCGCCUCACAUUUCAGUGGUGGGCAAUGGAACUCGGGAGGAGCAUGCGACAGCGAAACAGAACCGAUCAAGAACGAGACAUACCUGACCCCGUACCCGUCUAAGAUGAAGGUGCUAGAGAGAGUGUUAAGGGGAAUGAGAACGCCCGUGACGUAUCUAAACAUCACCAGAUUAACGGAUUACAGGAAGGACGGACACCCGUCGGUGUACCGGAAACAUAGCUUAUCGGACAAGGAAAAAAGAACGCCGUUGCUGUACCAAGACUGCAGCCACUGGUGCCUCCCUGGAGUUCCCGACUCUUGGAACGAAAUCCUCUACGCCGAGCUGCUCGUCAAACUCAACCAGCUCGACCAAACACGACGGAAACCUUAAAAAAAAGGUUCUUCUGUCUCAAAUGCUUUGAUAUCUGUUUGAUGGCUUUUUGUUGAUUAUAGAAUGUGUUAUAGAGUAAAAGAAGAUGGAAAAUAUGAUUGUACUUCACUCGAUAUCUUUGCUACUGUUUGUUGUAAAUGCUUUUGUCACUCACUACGAGAUUACUACAUUUAGCUCCAAAAGAGAGGUUAUAUACUUAUUACUCAUUUACAAUAAUGGGACUGAUUCCAACAAUCGUUGUGAGAUUAUAUUUGGUGAUCUAAAUGGUUUUGCCGACU